AUGCUCGAAACGUUCCCCUCCGAGGUCAAGCCUGCAGCGUGGUGGCCCAAGAGAGGCACUACUCGUAGUACCAAAACGAAGGAGAAGGUCACUGAUAAUGGCUGGAGCGCUAAGAUGGCAGCGGUGACACGCGUGCUGAGGGAGAGGGACAUGGCGGAGUACGUGAGGCUCAGCAAACUGCUUUUGAACUGCAACAGGGCGAUGGCUGUGGCCGGGCCCAUCCUGAUGGCUGCUGUGAAGGUGGGAUCCGCACUUGGGGGCUCAGCAACCGUGGGUGGCGUCGUGGCUGGUGCCUUGGCACGUGUUGUCAACAGCUUCAGCCACGGUGGGCAGGUUGGAGAUGUACAGGAACAACGCCGGCUUCUACCAGUUGCUCGAGGAAUCAUUGUCGUCUUCCCUAGACAAGGCUGCAGCAGAGAGGGAGCACGCAGAGUAUCAUCACUGCGCAACUUGGCCUCCUCGCUUUCCUCUUCCAAGGAUCAAAAGGAGUUUGGAAGCAAGCUCUUCUGA